UUACCUUGGAGGACAGCCUGGCAAGAUCUUAAAGAUCUUUUCCGUGAAUGCGGUGAAGUUAUACGUGUCGAUAUCGCCGAAGGUUGGGACGGCCGUUCUAGAGGCUUCGCCACUGUUCUCUUCGAGGAUGAAGAGAGCACUACCAAGGCCAUCGAGAAGUAUAAUGAGUACGACUUUGAAGGGCGCAAGCUACUCGUGCGCGAAGACAAGUUCGUUCAAUAA